AACAGUAAGUAUUCUCUUAAUCCUAUUGAACACCAUGGCAAGGGCAAUGGCCAUGUCUAUUUUGUUCUCUGCAUAUCCAUUUAGAUUGUAUAGGUCUCAUAGACCAGCAAUUUCAUCAGCUGCUGCAUUUGGACAUUCUUUCUGUCCUCGCAUACCCAUAGCAUAUUACAAUCAGAAACACAGAUUUAUAAGAGUUGCUGCAAUGGCCACCAACUCGAAAGAAAGCGCUGCCAAUAAUCCUGGACUGCAUGACAUACCAGAUGAGGCUACUAAGAGUUAUUUUAUGCAACAAACUAUGUACCGAAUCAAAGAUCCUAAAGUAUCUUUGGAUUUUUACUCACGCGUACUGGGCAUGAAACUGCUCAAAAGACUUGAUUUUCCAGAUAUGAAGUUUAGCAUCUACUUUAUGGGGUACGAGGAUAUUACUGCUAUUCCAUCUGAUCCUGUAGACCGAACAGUUUGGACUUUCAGUCAGAAGGCCACUAUUGAGCUUACACAUAACUGGGGAACUGAAUCUGAUCCAGAAUUCAAAGGUUAUCAUAGUGGGAACUCCGAACCACGUGGUUUUGGACACAUUGGCAUUACUGUAGAUGAUACAUACAAAGCCUGUGAAAGGUUUGCAAAGCUUGGGGUCGAGUUUGUGAAGAAGCCAGAUGACGGGAAAAUGAAAGGUUUGGCUUUUAUCAAGGAUCCUGAUGGCUAUUGGAUUGAAAUUUUUGAUUUGAAAUCGAUUGGUCAAAUAACUUCAAGUGCGGCUUGAACUACCAACUCCAACAGUGUGUGAUAGUUUAUAUGGGAUUCUUAGAAUGUGCCUUCAAUUUUACAAUUUAAAAAAAGGCUUUCUCAGGAAGUCUAAUCAUUUUAUAGAGGGCAUAUUUUGGCUAGCAUGAUUUAUGAAAAAGGGUUGGAACCUGACCAAGAAAACACGUUCAAAAUUUCUGUAUUCACAUCAAGGAUAAAAUGUGUAAUGUAAUAAAUGUGAUAGCAGAUUGCUAUUUUUAUGAACAGUAUGAAUUAUGCAAAUCUUUAUAA